AAAAGUGGACCCGUUAAUUCUAACAACCCAAGCCCAUUAGGUUUAGGGUUAUGUUAUAUUAGAGUGGAGACUCUUGUUUUGUUUCUCUGUUGAGUGUAGAACGCUGCUGCCGAAACCCUUCCGGAACCCUAAGGUAAGUGAGUAAUCAGUGGUUGAGAAUGGUGGAGAAGGCGAAGGGUAGAAAGGAGGAGGUGGUUACCCGUGAGUACACCAUUAACCUCCACAAGCGCCUCCAUGGCUGCACAUUUAAGAAGAAAGCUCCUAAAGCUAUUAAGGAGAUAAGGAAAUUUGCCCAAAAGGCCAUGGGGACCAAUGAUGUGAGGGUGGAUGUGAAGUUGAACAAGUUUGUCUGGAGCCAGGGAAUCAGGAGUGUUCCAAGGAGGAUUAGAGUAAGAAUUGCUCGCAAGAGAAAUGAUGAUGAAGAUGCCAAGGAAGAGCUGUACUCUCUUGUUACCGUUGUUGAGAUCCCUAAGGACGAGCUCAAAGGGUUGGGCACUAAGGUUAUUGAUGACGAGGAUUGAUUUAUAUCUGUUUGAAACCCGGAGACAUACAUGUAGCUUUUUGUUUCUGCAACCGAGUCUUGUUUUUCCAGAUUUAUCAAAUUACUCCUAAUUUUGUUGGGUUACUUCGAAUUUUGUUGAGACGUAAUGUGGCUUGAUAAUAUCACUUUUAGUUUUUACUCCU